CUGGUUUCUAAAUGAAAACUGCAUGAGAGGUUACUUCAAGUGUCACUUUACGCUCGUUUUUAAGAUUACAUCUGUCUGUGAAUGUUUUCAUCAAUAUGAUGUGUUGGGUUAUCUUAAACAAAAGGUCCAAAGGGUCAACAUUUGCUUGAGAUCUUCAGAGAGCAAGCCUUCAGUCAUCAACAAUCGACAUCUAUCACGCACCCCCACGAAGCAUCUUUUCUGCCAGCGCGGAUUCUGCGCUGCUGUUUUGGGUAGCACAGUAGAAUCACCAUCCUGUACAAAGCCACUGCAGACCCUCUUCGCAAUCUCUUGCUUCUUGCUUCUGCAUCACUCAGAGAAACCAGCAGUUGUCGCAACCACUCUGAAUGAAACCUCACCAAGCAUCAAAGGAGCACAACAAUACUACGAUCAACAGCGGAUUACUCCUCUAUUGCCAGCGGUAACCACAGACUGCAAGGACAAACACUCCAGCUCGAGUUCAGAGUUCACAGUUAGUUAAAAGAGAGAUAGAAAGAGAAUGUCGUUUCGAUUUGCAAACGGCGAUGGUGGUCGUGGCAAUGGUGACGCCUUGUCGGCCUUGUUGUCGCAGGCGAUGGCUUCGCGUAAUACUGGGACCAUGGAACCACCUCCGCAACGAGGCGUCGCGAGAGCCUUGUCUUCGCGGUCUGUAGGAGGAGACGAUAGCACUGCCAGUCUCUCGUCGUUGGCCGGGUUGAAUGGGAAUGCGCUGGAAGGCCUUUCGGACGGACAAAGGGAAGCAGUGUUGCGUGCACUGACCAAUGGAAACACCAACGCAGCAACGACAACGACUGCUGCGCCCCCCAACAGAACACACGAUGUCUUGCGGUUGUUGGCGGCUCAAGCAGGCAACGGGGCUCUGUUGGGGGCUGCUGCGGCUCCGCCCGCUCCUCAACCACCCGCGCCGAGCAACAGCCGGAGUUCCCUCGAGGCUCUUCUUAUGCUUCGGGCCAAUCAAGCCGUUGCGGUACUCCCAGGGAACGACGCGACUGCUGCGGCUCCGCAACCUCCUGCUCCCAGCAACAGCAGCAGCGCGUUAGAGACGCUGCUGAGGCUUCGGGCCAACCAGACAUCGUCCACUCUUCCAGGUGCCUCUGCACAGUCGGCUGGACUCGGUGGUGGUGCUGCUGCUCAAGCUGGUCUCUUUUGUCGUCCCGCUGCAGCAGCCCCCGCACCCACCGAUAACACGGCCAAUUUGGAGCUCGAAAUCCUGCGCAUGAGGGCGGGUCUCCUUCAGUCGACUCCCAGCGGAUCAGCGCCUCGAAUGAACAACGAUCUCUUGGAACAGGCUCUUCAGUUUCGAGCCAAUCAACAACAUCAACAACAACAGCCUGCCACUGACGCCGGGCGCCGUCUCUCCAUGUUGAUGCAAGGCAGCUCUGGACGUUCUUUGGGAUCGGCGAUGGGAUCCGGACGCGCCAUGGGGUCUGGUCGUGUCGCUAUGGAGUCCUCUUCCGCUGCCGCCUCCAUUCUGGCCGCUCGACGAAGCAUGAGCGGAGUAGAACGCAGCAUGAGCGGUGUGGAACGAACUUCCAGCAGCAGCAACGUCGCGACGGCGAAUCAAGAUAUCGCGGCGCUAGUGCGCUCGGCAAAUCCACAAGACCUGGCAAACCUAGUCCGGGGUCUCGGCAACCGUGCUCAACAACCACCCGCUCCAGCGGCCCCUCCUGCCAACGACUCGAGGAAAUUGGCCAUGUUGGAGACUCUCGCGAAACCCAAGAUUAUGCAGCUCCCCCCGGUCGAGGAAGGAAAUACUCCGCAUCAUUCUCAACGAGUUGUCAUUCCCCUUGGUAUCGAGGAAGAUCCAAAUUGGCUUUCGGAACGUCAGUGUUUUAUUCGUUCCGAGCUUUUGGAAGUCGUCCGGGCCAGUCACGAAGAAGUGCUUGUGCGCAGUAGUUCCAAGAGCAUUGCCUAUCAGCAAGUCGGUAUCCGAUGCCGAUACUGUGCUCACAUGCAGCCCGGAUCUCGAGCCAUUCGGGCAUCCGCAUUCCCAUCCAGCAUUCGUCAGAUGUACCAGUCGUUUACCAUGAUGGUGCGAGAUCAUUUCGGAAACUGCACGGGUGUCCCUCAAGAGAAGAAGCAAAAGUUCCUCAAGCUCAAGGGAUUGACAUCUCCUAGUUCCUCCCUCUCGCGUCAGUAUUGGACGUUUGCGGCCAAGAAGCUUGGUAUGGUGGACUCGGAGUAUGGAAUCAUGAUCAACGAAGAUUCGCAGGCGGCUGCAGCCCAGAUUCCACCCUUUGGGACGUCCGCCGAAGAGACCGCUGCCAUCAAGGCAGCCAACGUGGAGCUUCUCGUGGACGAUUCGGAUCGGAAUUGCAUCUCUCCCUACUUGUUCUUCCUUAUGCAGCAAGCACAAACUGUGGACCUGCUUCCCUCGGAACGAGUGGGAAAGAGAAAGGAUGCUGCUGUGGGUCUACCCGGCUUUGGGUGUCGGCACUGUGCCGAGACUGGACGUCUCGGGUUUUGUCGAAUGUUUCCGCUCAAUAAGAGGUCUCUUCCCGAUAAAGUGAACGAUCUCUACAACCACAUGGUGCGAUGUCCUCAAUGCCCACGCAUGACCAAGCGAUUGUUGGAGAGUCGUCAGCACGAGGCGGAGAACGAUCGAUCGUUUGCGGAACGUGAUCGAGACUUUAUUGAUCGCAUUUGGAUCAAGUUAGGCCGUGACGUCGAUCCGGCCUUCAAGAAGUCAUAGGUUGCUGGAGUCUGUUUGACGGACGAGCACAGUAGGCAGCUGCAAGUAGCUGCUUCUCUGAAGAUGCAUACUGAAUAUAUUCCAUUACAUGACUUGGUUCCAUUACAUAAUGAAAAAUAGAAUAGCUAUUUAAAAACACACUUGCCUCG